AUGACUAAAGAUCGUUUGGCAGCUCUCAAAGCGGCUCAAAGUGAUGAUGAUGAUGAGCCAGGUGAACACAUGCCAAUGACAUUAAAUGUUGAUGAGAACAAGUUUAUGGAGGAGUUCUUUGAACAGGUGAAUGAGAUAAGGGAGAUGAUAGAUAAAAUAGCAAUCGAUGUCGAUGAAGUGAAGAAGAACCACAGUGCGAUUUUGUCUGCCCCUCAAACAGAUGACAAAACGAAAGAUAAGUUAGAAGAUUUGAUGGCUGAAAUAAAGAAAACAGCUAAUAAAGUCAGAGGAAAAUUAAAGGUUUUGGAACAAAAGAUCGAACAAGAAGAGGAGACUAACAAAUCAUCUGCUGAUCUACGAAUUCGUAAAACACAGCACUCGACGAUAUUAAGGAAGUUCAUAGAGGUGAUGAACCAAUACAAUGCAGCACAAGUCGAUUACAGGGACGGUUGCAAGAAGAGACUGCAGAGGCAGAUGGAGAUCACUGGAAGGGCAACAACGAAUGAAGAACUUGAGGACAUGUUGGAGUCUGGAAAUCCUGCUAUAUUCACUCAGGGGAUAAUAACAGACACACAACAAGCCAAACAAUCCCUGAUGGAUAUCGAAGCUCGUCACAACGACAUCAUGAAGUUGGAGCAGUCGAUCAAGGAACUACAUGACAUGUUCAUGGACAUGGCUAUGCUGGUUGAGAGCCAGGGCGAGAUGAUUGACAGAAUUGAACACAACGUGGAAAAGGCUGUUGAUUAUGUGGAAACUGCUGCGGCUGAUACAAAGAAGGCAAUGAAAUAUCAAAGUGCUGCUAGGAAGAAAAAGAUAAUAAUAAUGAUAUGCCUGUCGAUUAUUAUCAUCAUCAUCGUCAGUUCAGUGGCCGGCGUGUUCACAUCAAAUUGA